AUGGUGUCGGCUGGUGGUUGGCGCCGAAAUCUGUCGGAAUUAGGGAGGAAGCUGCCUGUUUUCUCGAAGCAGGUGGGAUGGUUGGCAUCUGAAUUGCUUUUAGAAUCGCGGAGGAAUCUACCAGAAUCAAGGUUUUGGUGGCUUGGUUUAGCUACCAGUUGUCACGAGUUUCCCCAUGAUCCCAGAUCCUAUACUGAGGGGCUUCUGUAUGUUGACGAUGAUACAUUAUUUGUCACUGUUAGGAGAGUAGCUCUCAAGACUGGGAAGUUGAGGCUUUGCAAAAGAUGGAUGUUCUAUUUUGGGGAGGGCUUAACUCUUUUUGGGGAAAGGCUAUUCCAAGUAACUUGGUCGAGGCAAAAAGGUUUCAUAUAUGACCGAUAUAAUUUAAGCAAAUUUGAGGAAUUUAAUCACCAGAUGAAAGAUGGUUGGGGACUUGCUACUGAUGGAAAAGUUCUGUUUGGAAGUGAUGGUUCUUCAACAUUGACCAAAUUGACCCUCAAACUUAAAGUUAUCAGAAAAAAUGUUGUCAAAUACAAAGGUAGAGAAAUACGGUACCUCAAUGAACUAGAGUUCAUAAAUGGUGAAGUUUGGGCAAAUGUUUAUAUGACUGACUGCAUUGCUAGAAUCUCACAUGAGGAUGGUAUGGUGCUUGGAUGGAUUCUGCUUCCCAGUUUAAGGGAAGGUUUGAUAGCGGCCGGGUAUACUGGUAUUGAUGUUUUGAAUGGCAUAGCAUGGGAUCGCAACAAAAGCCGCAUAUUUGUUACCGGUAAACUGUGGCCGAAGCUUUAUGAGAUCAAAUUGUGUCCGAUGAAGAAGCCACAGCAAGACGAGGGUGCUCGUAUCGUUGAGCAGCUUUGCAUGUUGGAUGGGCGAUUAUAGAGAUUGCACUGAUAAAUUCCCCCCUACCUGUAUUUUCUGCUAAUUGCACAGGACAUGUAGUUGAGAUGGAGAAAUCUUCCCUGAUGAUUCGGAUCAUUUGUAGUUUUUUGUGUACUACUUCACUGCCUGUACUGUAGCU